UGUUGUUUGUUUGUUGACCAAAUAAGAAAAGCAAAAUUACUUAAAAUUGAUUUUUUUAAAAAAGGCAGUGUAUAUAAAAACCUUUGUCGUUCUCAAAUCCUCUCUGUAAUUCUGGUUUUUCUUGCAAUGCUUCUUCCAUUUCUCUCCUCCUCUCUCCUCCUCCGUCUCUCUUCUCCGAUCAUGUCCCCUGAUCCCAAAUCCAAUACCUUCUUCUUCUCUUUUUCCAGUUGAUUACCGGAGAAUUUCAGAUCGCGAUCUCCGAUUUAUUAAUAAUUACAGAAAAAAAUAAUUAAACCCUAGAGAGAGAGAGAGAUAUAUAUAUACAUGGAGAGUUCAUUAGGUUUCAUGGCGGUUUUCGCCGUCUCAGGAAGCGUUGUGUUCUUAGCGAGUCAAUUUCACAAGCGUCUUCUCUCCGAUUACAUGGACAAGUUCGAAUUCGAAAUCCGAGCGCAGAAAAAAAUGGUGAUGAAGAAGAAGGUGAGAUUCGCGGCGGAUGUGGUGGAGCCGUCGGGGAAUAACAAAGAGUAUCGCCGGAGACAUUCUUCCAAGGCUAAAUCGAAUUCGAAGAUGGCGGCAACUAUUUGACUUUAAGGUUUUUUGUACAAAAUUUAAUGUGUAAUUUAUUCAUUUGGGUUUUUGUGAUUUGAAAUUCGUAAAUUUAAUUUCGGAAUCUGAAUCUGGGCUAAACUUUUCAAGUCUUCCCCAGGGUCAAUUAUUUUCCUUCUUCUUUUUUUUCUUGAGGGUUUAUUUUUGUUGUUGUGACCUGUAAAUAAAUGUGUUGUUUGUGUAUAUACAAAAUGUGAUUGCUAAUUACCUUUUAUAUUUUGGUUCUUGUGAUUUUUGUUUUCGUUUAAAGCAUUGUGUUGUUGUGAUUCAGAUUAAGCCUUAAUUAAGGGUUUUACAUACAGAUGUAAUAUGUUGCGCUGGCUCUUCUUAGUUACAAUUAUC